AUGCCGGAAGCGCAAGGAGCCUCUUCUUCCAGCACCGUGACUGUCAAGUCGCCAUGGCUGGACGCGAUGAGCGACCCAGUAGCGGGCAUGGUCUGCUUCUCCCCCUUCAUGUGCCUCUGCGAUUUACAUGCUGACGGGAACCACAGGCUAAUUCUAGUGGACAUGCAAAAAAGGAUUCGGAUAUACAAAGGAACUACCAUACAGUGGGAGCAGAAACUCAUGGAUGUACCUGUUGUUAUGAUCAUUAAUUCCCUAAAAUCUUCAAACAGUGACUCUUAUUGUGUCCUCAAUUACAGGUUUCAUAAGGAGACACCCAGCACUCAUAGUCGACUUUUGGUGACAUAUGCACGCUAGUACAUCGGUCCGAGUAGACUACGCCUAAGUACUAGUUGUAGCUGUUGGAGGGUGUUCUUGGUUGUGCUAGAAAAAUUGAAAUUUUUGAUCUACUCUUCAGCUGCUAAUAUCAGCGUGUCAUGCUUUUUCCAUGAGAACAAGACGCCGUCCAUACCCACACUCGCUGUUGCUAGCGGUCAUCAGAUAUUCGUUUACCGCUACCUGCGUCCGCAUCUGAAAUACACUCUACCGAAAAUGGAGAUCAACGCGACAGAGAUCAGUAUAUGGAGUUCAAUACGACCAGAAAGCGUUGGCGAGGCGAUGGAAAAACUGAAUCAUCUGCGGGACCAAGGAGUACUAUUUUGACUACAAACAAAGCACUUUUUUUACUUCGAAAGAGAGUGCUUUUUUUGUCGUGUGUUUGUGAUUGUGUUGUAUGAUCAUUGUGAUACAAGCAGAUGGACAUGGAACUAGGAGCACAAGCAACAUGGAUCAUGAGGAUAGCUUUACUUCGCCUUCGUUCCUUCAUUCAAAAUCUUCACCAGAUAGCCUUGACGAACAGGUCUAUGGACCUGCUAGCGAUGGAGGAUCAGCCGGAAAGUGAGCGCAUGGAAUACGUGAAGGCCGCUAGGGAGCACCCCUUUAUGCAAAAUACCGCAAUUACUUGCAUGGACACGUUAAAUUUAUGGCUACUAUCUUUCUUGACGGAGUCAUUCUCCUGGAUUAAGACUUGAACUUGCUACAAACAGAUUUGGAGGUUGUAAAAAGCAGGCUUAUAUAUAUAAUAUGACAAUCCAUGAAGGAGACGUCCACGACUGAAAAAACAGGGAAAAAUAUACUUAACAGCAUUAGCAUGGUGGAGAAAUGAUUGAUAAUCAUAAUGAUUUUAUUUUUUAGUAUGUGUAUGCUUAAUCAUUAGGACCACUAGUCACAGCCCAUAACCACAUCUCCAAGUUCUAAUGAAGGUGAACAUAGAGGAUCCCAGCGGCGUCGCAAUGCUCACGUUUGGUGCGGAAAACCGGCACGUCUAUAUUCUUGACAGCAACGCCCUCGAUAUUGUGCAAAAAGUGGAACUCGAAAGUGUCCCGGUUUUUCUUGUGACGAGCGGCCUCUACGAAGUGGAGUAUCGUAUCACUAUUGAUUUAGUUUUUUUUUGUUAGAUAGCCUUCGCGGUCGCGGAUGAGGGAGCAGAAAAUAUAUUUUGCUCACAAGAAUGUGGUCUUGUGAUGCGAAUUAAAAUGCUCUUGUCUUGAUCCUCGAUGACGCGAUGAAGGAUCUUCAAUUAUGUGAACACAUUCGUCAAAGUCAAUGUGAAUUCACUAAAAAGAUUACUUCACUUUGUCGUUUCACACCCACAAUGACAAUAGGACUCAUAUGCGCAUGCCGAGACGGAAAAGUGUACACAGUGAAAAACGGAGCACUUCUUAGCAUGGUAAUCGAAUUGGAGACCCUGCCGGUCGGCCUAGUCAAGAUAGACAAGAGUACAUUUUGCCUCUAGGCCUACAUUCCCAUGUUGAUGGUGAAAGUAUUCGUCGAUUGACAAAAUAUGGCCCUGUACGUCGAGAUUCUCGCUGAUCUUCUGUAAAUCUAAAUCUAUGUUGUGUGUUUUGUUUUCCUUUUCGUACUAGUUAGAGUUAGAGAAUUCUGAUUCGAUACAGUUCUCUUCCAGGUAUCUACGUUGGCUGCAUGGACAAUGUGGUGCAUUGUUUUCAUUUCAAAGUUAAGGCUACAAAUAUUUAAGAAAUUUGUUUCGACAUCGUCGACACAACGCAUAGUUAUAGAACAUUUUUAUUUUCUUCGUGGUCAAGCGGUUGUGGCCACUCGACAUAAUAUGCAUUCCCGCGAACGACGGGAGAUCCGAACAUCACUUCGAUUUGGAAUGAACAUCGCUAAUGACUGGAAAAAGCAGCACUCCAUCUACUUGGACCAUCCUAUUACGUGCAUGCAACUAAUGCAAAGUCCAAAAACCAAAGCGAAGUGCCUCCUGGUGGCUUUGAAGAACGGCGAAGUGCGAACAUACAACGGGAAAUUCCUCGUACACACACUUGCAUUACAAGAACCAGUAGUCGGAAUGUGCUUCGGCAUGUUCGGUAGGGAGGACGGGACAUUGUGUAUUAUUACAACACUGAUUUCUUCUUGUUUUGUUGAUGUCUCCACAGGUGCUACGGACAGGACUCUCAGAGACGCACCAUACAUGAAAUUUGCUUUUGGUAUCGAUUUUGUGUCGCAGAACUGACUCGACAAGAUGAAACUAAUCUUUUUACAGCUAGAGCUACGUACUGAUAACGAUAAUAGCAUGAUCCACUGUCUGUUUUUCUAACCGAGCAUUCUUGAUGUUGAUGAUAUGGAUUUUAUCCGUCCAUUCUCUCGAACUAUCCAUACGUCGAACGCCAGGUUUGUCAAUGAAAAGCGGCGGUUUAGUUGUGAAGAUGCUUUCUAGAACCGCGAACUUGGAGAAGAGUUCACAGCCUCCGGGACCUCCUGCGGAACAGGAUACGCCACUGGAUGUGCCGAAGAAGACAAAGCUCUACGUGGACCAGACAGCACGCGAACGGGAACAGCCAGUAGAAAUGCAUAGGAUAUUUCAUUAUGGAGGAGGAGGACGCCAAGCCACUUUUUUUCACGUCGACUAGCCGAUAUUUAUAAGUAGGAUCUGCUAGGAAGAUUCACUUUCAACACUUUCGCAUAUAUUUUUUGAGGUACCGUCGUUCAGAAAUUUGUCCCGUAAAUUCGGACAUAGUCCAGCACCGCGCGUCACUUUUUUCGCUCGUGACGCCGUAGCUUCUUCAACCUUUCGAAGUUUCAACUGUUGUAGAUGAGUGCGAGAACAAGGGGCACCACAGAAAUAAUAUUGGUGGUCAUAGACAGCACGAAGGAGGCGCUAACUCUUACGUGAUCUUUGCAAGCUUCGGCUGAAUACAGCGCGGGCCUACGUGAAGCUUCUAGGGACAUCAGGUGCAGUGGUGCGGACAGGAGCGCAAGGCGUAACGCAACUCAGACUCAAUGCAGGGGUAAUUGAUUCUGAUUCUCGGAUUGUUUCGUUGAAGAACUUAAUGCUGCUUGAGGGGAUGAUCGAGACGAUAUAAUACUUUGUUUACCUCCUAUCUCUAUCAAGGUUAUAAGCAUAACAUUUUCCUCUUCCUUGUUGUUGUACCUUGUACCAGGUUAAAGGCAUGGGUCCGGAGUUCGAGCUGGAUUUACAGUUAUCAAAUGCUGGAGAGCGCCACGUGAUGGACCUCUGUGUGCAAACGGACGCAAGUGGUUCGAUAUAUCGCAUCGACAACCCUCUGAUUCACGUGCCACUCCUGGUACCCGGCUACACUCUUUCUUAUGGAGGGCUCCUGUGAUCGUGAUCUAGUUCAUCUACUGCGUCUACAUCUACACGCCAAGAUUGUUUGAGGGUUCCCUUGACUUUCGGGAGGGGCUGGAUUGCAACGAACCGCACCCCCACACGCUGUAUAUUAUAAUGCAGCACGACUCCUGCAUCAAGCUCCACUUGCUCGCUGACUCCUCAAUUCAGUCAGUCACGACCCACUUGUGUUUGUGAUCUCUUUCACCUAUCUGAUAAGUACAUCUCUUUCUCUGUCCUUCUAAUGAACUUUACCAGUACGCCUUGAGUGCGUAGACGUUUCAGCCAGUGACACUGUAACCGUCUCGGUUCUCUGUCGGGACACAGUGCGGCCCCUUGUAUCGGCUCUGGUUCAAAUGCCGAUCUCUGCGGCGAAUAUGCUGGAGGAUUAG